UGAAAAUAAACUGUCAUCUAUAAUUAUGUCAACGUAUUGCAGUAACACAACCACCCCUUUUCCGUAUAUUGGUACAGCCCAACUUAAUUUUCCCAGUCUGUUCCAUGGUACAUUACGGAGUGUCAGUAAAUUGUAAAGCCAUUUUAGCAAAAACAUCUUGUAUUAUAAUGGUAAUGCUUAGUGGCAGAAUUUAGUUUUUAACUGGCAAUUCUGAAAGGCACUACGAGAAUUCUGCCCCUUUUUUAAUUGUGCAUUUGUUGUCUUAACAAGACCACGCUAUCAUUCAUUCAGGGUUUAUAGUAGUAACAUUGAUCUCAAUGUUUGUUGUUAUGUACUUUGGUCCAUGCGUACAUUCAAUAGCGUUAAAAUACUACUACUAACUACUAACAAACAGGUUGGGAUUCCCCCCAUCUCUCUGAUUUAAUUCCAGCCAAGUCAAUGUUGAAAACCUACAAAAAAACGCCUGUUUCUCCUUCGCUCGUAAGUGGAAACCUGCAUUUACGAGGAUCACGGGAACGCAACACGACAUUCGCGGUGGCGAGCCUGUUCGGAUGGUUGCUUCAAUUACCGACGUGCGACCCCUAUCUGCGAGAGCUCGCCACUCCCCACGGAGGAGAGUUAAAGAAGAGGAAGAUGCUGUCAUCCGUCGUCAUCGAUCUAAAUGAAUGACAGCGGCGAGAACAUGGAGUCAUUUUGAAACGCGCUGGUUAAACUUUGUCCCGCUGUCUCUGCGCUGCGGUGGGGUCGUUCGGCGCGAUGAUGGCGGCUCCAUGGACGGAAAAAGCCGUGCAGGAGUUCCUGGUGGAGCGGGGAGGGAGGGUCCAACAGAUGGAGCUGAUCGAUCAUUUCCUAUCGGUUUCGGGGGAAGAGGACCGCUCGAACGGAGCAGCGGCUCGCGAGGCGCUGAAAGGCAUCGUGGACAACGUGGGCUUCGUGAAGGUGGAAAACGGCGUGACAUUUGUUUGCUUAAUCACAGAAGGCAGCGCGGAGUCGGUGAUGUCUGCAGGCACAGACGGCCACGAUCACACGGAGUGCAACGGUAAUAUCCAGGAGACACUGGACAACAACAACGGCGAGCCCAGCACCGGAGACCGAACAGGAGCAACCAGCCUGUCGGCUGCCGGCCUGGACAAUGACGAAGAGUCGAAUGGCAACGGGCGACCUGCGGGCCCUUCCCCUAGCAUCAAGACCCACGCAGAUGCACCUACACCUGGUGGAGGUGGGCAGGUGAAGCUGCGGGAGAGGAGAAGGCGCGAGUCCGCCCCCCUGAUCGGGAUUGCGGAUCUCGAGCAGGCUCACCCCGCGGGCUCCCACGGCCAGCAGGCGCGAGGGGCACGCAGGGUGUCCAAGGGUUCCCAGCGGGCCGUGCUGACCAGCUGCCUUUCUGAAGACAGCGCUUGGGAAGGGCUGGACUAUGUCGGAGACAUCAACACGCCCAAGGGAAGCCGCAGGAACUUCAUAGAGCUGAUGAUGAGUAGUUCCCCUCAGGUCCGGAGGUCUCUGAUCAACCGGGGUUCGCGCGUACGGGACUCGGUGAAGAGCGACGGAGACUCGGCCUCGAUCCUCUCCUCGGCCACCGACGAGGACUGCGCGUCAGUGACCCUGGACCCGCUGGAGCACGAGUGGAUGCUGUGCGCCUCGGACGGGCUGUGGGAAAGCCUGCAGCCGCUGCUCGCCGUGGAGCCCGGCCUCGUGGCCAAGAGGGACUUCGUCACCGGCUUCACCUGCCUCCACUGGGCGGCCAAGCAGGGCAAAGCCGAGCUGCUCGGCCAGCUGCUGGCCUUCUCCAGGGAGAACGCCGUGCCCGUGAAUGUGAACGGUAGAUCCGGCGCUGGAUACACACCGCUGCACCUGGCCGCCAUGCACGGACACACGCAGGUGGUGCGCGCGUUGCUGUCAGACUGGGACGCCGACCCCGAUGCUCGAGACUACAGCGGGAGGCGAGCCGUCCAGUACCUGCCCCCGGCGCUGGCCGCCGACCUGCGGGGUCUGGGCGUGGUCACCUCUCCGGGGGCCCAGUCAGACAACGAAAACACCAACAGAAGCGGCGGCGUAGGCCGGGGGUGGCGAUUCCUGCAGGGCAACUUGAACCCACUGCGGCUGCUGAACCUACCGGCCGGGGCGGCGGAGGACGGAGCCGUGAGCGGGAGGACCAAAGGGGGGAUGCAGAGGAAGUCUUCCCUGAGCCGACUGAACGCCCGGCUGCACCGAGGACGCCACCGCGCCCAGAUCAUCCACAGCGCCUCCUUCAGGGACACGGGGGAGAUGGGGAGAGGAGAGGAGCUCCCCAGCAGCCCUCUCCGAGCCCGACCCCUCUCCAACCUGUUUGGGUAAAGUUGUACCACCCUGAGACAAGAUCCGGUUUCAUGACCAGAUUACCCAGACACGUCCGGAUUGAUAGUGUGAUGACAAAAGCUCUUUUUUUUAAUUAUUUUUUUUAGGGUUAUCAUUAUAGGACCACAAAUGUAUAUUUCUUUGAAAAUCAAACUUAUUUUGGUUCCAUUUGCAGUUGAGCCUUAUGUUGAUCACUGAGGGCAGGUCACAGUUUAUGUAGCAUUUUAUUUACCACAGAAUUCACUGAUUAAAUCCUAAACUACUGCUCUGUGAAGGGGUUUUGAAGGGGUUAUUUUUGUUUUUGGGGGGUUUUCCUAUAAUAUUUUUGUAUGCUGUCUGCCGGUAGCAAUUAAUACACUUUUUUUAUUUAAUGCUGGACACUAAAAUACAUAGAAAUGCAAAAGCAACAAAUGGGAUAUCAGGUUGCCACAUUUCAUUUAAUUUCUCACAGUGGUAAGGGUUUUGAAAAUAGCACUUAGGUUUGAUGCCACACGGUGAUCUAAAGCCGUGUUUUUGUUUGCAGAGUGAAGUAAUAUAUUCAUAGAACUAACUUUUAUAUUUUUAACCUCCUUUUUGAUUUGGUGGUGUUGUUUUUUAAAAGGCAUUUCUGUAACGUGAAUACUACUGACCAGAUUUCAGUUUUCAAAGUGUAACCACAGAAGUCUUGUAUGUUCAAACAACCAUGUGCGGUUGUCCUGUUUGCACUCGUCACUUUGAGAAGAAUUUGAUAAUGGGAGGGAAACGGCUUGAACUAAAACCAUUCCAGCUAUUAUUGAGCCCUUGUCUUGCUGAUAAGGAGUAAUCAAAUUGUUACAGUACAUUAUACAACUAAGGAUGUAUGUAUAAAAGUACAAUGUCAUGUUCUCCCUAAAUCUUUCUUGGUUGAGAACCAAAAUCAUGGCUCAAGUUACUUUAGACACUCAUUAGUUAUUCAGUGGGACUGUUUACAGGGUGGGAGAACUGGUGUGGGGUUUUUUAUUGAUUAUAAUUGACUUAAAGUCGUCUGGGCCUGUUCAUUGUAUACCUUUCUACAAUAAAUAUGCAAACAGUUCAUAUCAACGUUAUCACUUUGGACCAGAUUUGAUAUUUUAUAAACUAUCAGGUGCCUGUGUGGCUCUAACCUUGCCUGUUGAUUAAUUAUGUGUGUCAUCUGCGGAUAAUUAAGAGUUCAGACCAGAAUAUGCUGUAUGUUUAACUGGUUUAGCUGACACAUUGACUUUUUGACUGUUAUCUCAAAUAUGUGAUAUCGGCUCAUUGACAAAUCCAAAAUUUCACGAAUGUUCCCUUUGUAUUUUGUGUCCUUUGCACUCAGAUCAUUGGGCUUAAUUUACCGUUUAUGGUUGACUUUGUUGGUGUAUAAAUGUAUUGUAAAAACCUACUUUCAUGUCACUUUUUCAGAUGCAUGAAUAGGGGAAAUGUAAAUUAUAUUCACCAUUCAUUUUUAUGUCUAAAGGUCAUUGUCUUCUUUGUGAAGUAAUGUGAAAUUACAUAAUGUGAGUACACUGUUGCUGAGCCACUUCAUAAAUAUAAAAUAAAGGGUUUUGGAUAAAAGUUAA